CAUCGGCGCGGGGAGGUCGCACCGCUCUGCGACCCGCCUCUUCCCGGAAGAAUGAUGGCCGCGGCCUAAGCGGUGGCCCGUUGGAGGCGUCGCGGGCGCUCGGGUCGCGCUCGGCGGAUCCUGGGUGCGGCGAGGGAGGCCGCUCCCGGCCACACCCGCAGGCCCUCCUGCAGCGCAGACCCCGGCACCAUGGCCUCCAGGCAGGCUCCCCUCGGCGGCCUGGCCCCUCGCUGCCUCUGGCUCCUGGGGGCUGUCCUUGUGAUGGACGUGUCCGCCCGGCCCGCCAACCACUCGUCGGCCCGGGAGAGGGCGGCUAACAGGGAGGAAAACGAGAUGCUGCCUCCGGACCACCUGAACGGGGUGAAGCUGGAGAUGGACGGACACCUGAACAGGGAUUUCCACCAGGAGGUCUUCCUGGGCAAGGACGCGGGCGGCUUUGAAGAGGACGCGGGGCCUCGGAGGAGCCGGAGGAAGCUGAUGCUCAUCUUCUCCAAGGUGGACUUGAACACCGACAGAAGGAUCAGUGCCAAGGAGAUGCAGCACUGGAUCAUGGAGAAGACGGCCGAGCACUUCCAGGAGGCCAUCGCGGAGAGCAGGGCGCACUUCCGUGCCGUGGACCCCGACGGUGACGGCCAUGUGUCAUGGGAUGAGUACAAGGUGAAGUUUCUGGCGAGCAAAGGCCAUGAUGAGAGAGAAGUUGCCGAUAAGAUAAAGAAUAAGUGGGACCUGAACGUCGACGAAGAGAGUAAGGGCUCGGCCUCCCGUGGCCAGUGUGGCGCGUGUGGCAGCACAGACGCUGGGAGGGAAGUGGGCGAGGAAGUCCUGGAGAACCUCAAAGACCGCUGGUAUCAGGCGGACAACCCGCCCCCGGACCUGCUGCUGACGGAGAGCGAGUUCCUGUCUUUCCUGCACCCCGAGCACAGCCGCGGCAUGCUGCAGUUCAUGGUCAAGGAGAUCAUCCGGGACCUGGACCAGGAUGGUGACAAGAAGCUCUCGCUGUCCGAGUUCAUCUCUCUGCCCGUGGGCACCGUGGAGAACCAGCAGGGCCAGGACGUGGAUGACGGCUGGGUGCGAGACAGGAAGAGAGAGUUCGAGGAGCUGAUCGACGCCAACCACGAUGGAAUCGUGACCAUGGCGGAGCUGGAGGACUACAUGGACCCCAUGAACGAGUUCAGCGCCCUCAACGAGGCCAAGCAGAUGAUCGCCAUCGCUGAUGAGAACCAGAACCACUUCCUGGAGCCCGAGGAGGUGCUCAAGUACAGCGAGUUCUUCACGGGCAGCAAGCUGGUGGACUAUGCCCGCAGCGUGCACGAGGAGUUCUGAGCCGCGGCCGCGCCCCCCGCGCCCCCCACGCCCCCCGCCCCGGGCCCCCCGCCGCCCUCGCCGGCUGGCUGUGCUUCCAUUCCCGCGUACUCGCUGCCUCUCGCUUCUGAGAACUGGGAGCCCUUGUGCCGGAGGCACUGACCACAUCAGGCCCUGCAGGCUCGCCACAGCGUGGGAAAUAACGCAGCUCCUGCCGUUUCCUUGAAAACUGAGAGAUGAAGGCUUUGCUGGAAACCAGCAGCCGGCGGCUGGGGGGUCAGGAAGGGGCCUCAGAGCUGCCGGCCCCGUGGCGUUCAGUCUCCGAGGAAACGCGAAUAUUGGUGACAGGAAUCACAUUAAUUUACUUUAAAAUAUAGUUGCCUUUUUCUCCCA